GCGAUGAGAUAUAUUUCGAAGUGGAACAACGUGAUGUUUCUUGGAAGCUUUCUAUUAAUUUCUUUUUAGUAUAAUAAUUUAAAUCGUGGGUAUAGUUCGUUUCUUUACCGGUGAGAUAUUAUUCACUCAACAUAAUCUCAUUUUCUUCUUUUACAAACGUUUCUUUUCGGGUCAUAUCAUCGCAUUUUCCUUUUUUCCAUCUCCUAUUUUCGUUUUUUAUAAUACGCUACUUUGAUUUUCGCGGAAAUUUUGAAAAAUAUGACGUUCGUGUAAAAUCUAAAGAUAUACUUGCAAAAAUCUAACCCCACACGUAACAGCUGGAAGAAGCAGACUUCGUACUUCAGAGACAAAAGAGUUGAUGGUUUGAAAUUGGUGAAACUGUGGUGGUGGAGCUAGUGGACUGUCAAAUGGAGGAUUAGGUUAGGCUAGGUUUGGGUUAGGUUAGGUUACGAUUCAAACGAGGUUAGAUCAAAUUUGAGAAGCUAGAUGUUUUAUUGACAAAUUAACACUUGUCAAAGGGACUGUUUCAAAAUGAUCACAGACGAGCAUCUGGAGGUUCUGGCUGGCUACGUUUUCGACCACGACAAACUGGUUACCUACAAAUGGCUGAGCCAGGAAUUGCAGGUCCACGUGAACGUAGCGAAGCAAAUUUUGUGGGAGUUUUACGAGAAGCAUCGCGAGAACAACAAUAUCGACUGCACAUACUUAUUAAUAGGCACCUUGAGCAACAACGGCAUGCGUGUGGAAGUUGUGAAAUCUGCAGAUCUGUCCAAGGCUAAGGAGAAAUACAUUAAGAUAAUUUCAGAGCACCUGUACAGUGUGCACAAGCCUCUGGAGGAUCUAGAGCUGCUCGCCAGCACUGGCUCUGGCGACGUUAGGUACAGUGCCAUAAAAUGUGACGCCUGUGUAGAGCGCACUGAUGAAGAGAUGCAUCUCUUCCGUUGGGGAAAGGCACUGAAGAUUACGGAGGAAAAAGUGACAAAUUCGAAGCCUGUGGAAUCCACUGAUCACUGGAAAGUGGAUAAGAAGGCGGCAGCAGCGAAGAAGAAUGGAUUCAAUAACUUCUUCAAUACAGCUGGCAAGCAGAAGAGUCCUGAAGCGUCGAAGACGUCUAAGGCAGAGAAGGAUAAAGAGUCCGAGGAGAGAAAGAACGGUCUUUCGAAAAGCACGAAUUUAACAGAAGGAGAAAAGAACUCCGAGAAGAAGAAGAGCCCAUUGUGGAAGAGUAAAGGCACCACGGAGAGUUUUCAGCCCAAGAAAACCUCGUCGAAAGCGGAGGAAACGAAGAAGACGAAGAAAGGAGGCCUGGAGAGCUUCUUCGGGAAGAUGUCGUCCCUCCCGAAACCCGUGGAAGUCAAGACCCCAGAGAAGAAGGAAGACCCGGUCAAGAUUCCAGAGAAGGAAGAUCCGGUCGAGGAAAAGGUCCCCGAGAACCAGAAAGUCGUGGAACAGGAGAAGCCUCGUGGAAAGAAACGGAUCAGGAAUCAAGGGAACGAUAACACCGCCAAGAAGAGAAAGAGGAUCAUGGUGCAGAGCGACUCCAGCGACUCGGAGGCGCAGAGCGACGUGGACACGGAUGUGGACGAGCCAAUGGCCGAAGCUGUGGCUAUGGUCGAGAUGGAGGCGCCCACCAGACCUAAGAGCCCGUCUCCGCCGGCGGUGAAGCACGAAAAUGGCAAACGCAAGGUACUGAAGAUGGUGAACGAGACGUACAAGGACGACCGUGGCUUCAUAGUCACGAAAAAGGUACACGUUUACGUGAGCUGUUCGGAGGACGAGGAGGAGGAGAAGGAGAGGAAGAAGAUAAAGAAAGCGCCGGCUUCGAAGAAGGCACAGGCAAAAGUCGACAAUGCGAAGAAGAAGCAGACCACACUGAUGAAGUUCUUCAAGGCGCCCUAGGCUCGCGGAGAACGUGUCGCCAGAAAGUGCCUGAUCAUUGUUUCAAGGACGAUUAUCAACAAUAUUUGGAAUAUAAAAGGAUAAAUAUUAAUAUAAACGAAUAUAAAAUGAUACAAAAUGAAUAUCAGCAAUACAAACAUAAAUACCAAGGAAUAUAAUAAUAUAAACGAAGAAAAGGCUGAUAAAAGUCGAACGUUGUUCUCCAUGCGGAAUGUUAUUCAAUAAAAAAAAUAUUCUAUUAACUUUAAUUUAGUAGAAAAAAAACAGUCGUAAAGUGUUCUUGUAAAAAUCACUAAAGAGCGGAUUGCGCUAAUAAUGUAAGAAUCCUAAUGACCUGCUUUCAACAAUUCACUCAUCGUUUGACAGUUGAUUGCGUCACAUUGAUUCAUUGAUGUAAUUUCAACGUGAACGCCUCAUGAGCCAUCCGACGUUUGGCACUUAUCGCACUUUUUAAUUAUAUUAAUAUGUUUGUUUUUAUUUUAAUUGCUCGACGGUAUUGAACUUAUGAUCUUCUUUUAUACCCUUUUCUUUGCAAUAAAAAUCAAGAGGAGGAAAUACA